AUGGGAUAUUUGAAAAAAUAUGUGUAUGAAUUGAACGAUAGAGUGUGGGAAACAGCAGAAGAACCCACUACCCUAACCAAACUUAUAUUUGGAUUGGUGCAUUCUGUAUCUGUAUGGACCACAUUGUGGUUAAUUGGGUUUGGCCACUUAGAAGAGCUUUUGGAGACCCCACAUUACAAAAUGCCUAUAAAUACCAUGCAUUGCCAUGCAAAUGUCAAACAACCAACACUUGUGGGAUUUGUUAUAUCACUCUCCGAUCCAAUGGCUAUUCACAAACCUUCAAGUGUGGUUUUCUUGGUCUUUUUAUGCUUGAGCAUUUGUGCGGCUGCUAGAGUUCUCUUAACAGUCGAAGAGGGCUACAGUCAUGGUGGUUAUGAAGGUGGCAGUUUAUCUGGAGGUGGUGGUGGUGGAGGUGGUAGUGGUGGUGGAGGAGGAGGAGGAGCUGCUUAUGGAGGAGGUGGUUAUGGGGGAGCUGGAGCUGGAUCGGGAAGUGGGGCUGGUGAAGGUGGUGGAUCAGGGUAUGGUGGUGGAGCUGAAGGAGGGGGAGGCGGUGGUAGUGGAGGAGGUGGUGGAGCUGGAGGAGGAGGAGGAGCAGGAGCAGGAGUUGCGGGAGGACAUGGUGGGGGUUAUGGUGGAGGAGAAGGAGCCGGGAGUGGCGGUGGAUACGGUGGGGCUGGAGGAGCAGGUGGCGGAGGUGGAGGUGGACAUGGUGGUGGUGGUGGUGGUGGUGGAGGAGCCGGUGCAGGAGGAGCUGCAGGCGGUGGGGGAUAUGGCAGUGGAGGUGGAGCUGGAGCAGGAGGAGGCGCCGGAGGAUCACAUGGUGCCGGAGGAGGUGGCGGUUCUGGAGGUGGAGGGGGUGGCGGUGGUGGAGCUGCCGCCGGGCAUGAAGGUGGUGCAGGCGCAGGGGGAUAUGGCAGUGGAGGUGGAGCUGGAGCAGGAGGAGGUGCCGGAGGAUCACAUGGUGCUGGAGGUGCCGGAGGAGGUGGCGGUUCUGGAGGUGGAGGUGGUGGCGGAGCUGCCACUGGACAUGAAGGUGGAUAUGGAGCUGGUAGUGGUAGCGGCGGUGGUGAAGGCGGUGGUCAUGGUGGCUAUAUCCCUUGA